AUGGCUUCUUCUUCUUCUCUCACAAUCUCCCCAAGAAAGCUUCAUUCAGAUUUAUACUCCUUUUCACACCAACAAGAUUCUACCACUCCAUUAGUCAUAAACGUUCUUGCUUCAUUAAUUGAGAGAAACAUGGCUAGAACUAAGAGAAUUGUGAAAAAUUGUUCCAUGUCUUUGUCUAAGGCUAUUAGUACAAACAUCUUUGAUUGUAGAGAGAUCCCAGAUUUGUCAAUUCAAUCUUAUUUAGAGAGAAUUUUUAGGUACACUAAAGCGGGAUCUUCGGUUUAUGUUGUGGCUUAUGUUUAUAUUGAUAGGUUUUGUCAGAUCAAUCCUGGAUUUAGAAUCAAUGCUAGAAAUGUUCAUAGACUUCUCAUUACAACUAUCAUGGUGGCUUCCAAAUAUGUUGAAGACUUGAACUAUAGAAAUUCAUACUUUGGAAGAGUUGGUGGAUUAACAACUAUUGAGCUAAACAAAUUGGAGCUUGAAUUUCUGUUCAUGAUGGGUUUCAAAUUACAUGUAAAUGUGAGUGUUUUUGAGAGUUAUUGUUGUCAUUUAGAGAGAGAAGUUGGAAUAGGGGGAGGGUACCAUAUUGAGAAGACACUAAGGUGUGCAGAAGAAAUUAAAGCAAGACAUAGAAAAGAAAUUAGAGGUUACACACAGAUUCCUCGUGUCAUGUUGUAA